UUUGUAUAAAAUAUUUACUAAACUUUAUAUAAUUUGCAUAGUCAUAAACUUUUUUUUAUCUAGACCUACUUGCACAGAAUUGAACUGAAUUGAAAUACACCAAGAAGGGGCGAAACUCCCCGAAUCAUGUCUUUGUAUGAUACACCGUCGUCCUUGACCCAUCCGUGUAUUGAUAACUUUAUUUCUUGCCUGUGAUAACGGAGUUGACAAGAUAGCCAACAGACUUGUCACUCAUAAUCUUAACGAGGUCCCACGGGGUAACUACAAACACCAGAAUUACUCCUUCAUCUUUCAAUAAUUCAUAUACAAAUCGAUUAAGUCUCGGGCGUUACUCGUUAGCCAACAAACACACUCGAUCACCACCCUUCUGCCAUAGCCUGGUGAUUUAACUGAUCGACCAAGAGCAGGCCACGGCACUGAGAAAAUCCCGUCGUUGGACCUCUUUGACUUUGUUCUGUGACGUCACAAUGUCACUUCCUAGAUACCAACACUAGCUUCUCCCGUUACCAAACAUGGCGGACCAAGAACCAACACGAGUGAUUCCUUAGCUCGGCUUGUACAGAGAUGAGCCUCCUGGCGUAGCUGAGAGAUAAAGAGAAUCUUUAUACCAUCUGUAUUCAUCAGCGUAGCAAGAUGAGUGCACGUCGCCGGAAGAAGGAUGAAAAGCCUCCGCCUGCAACUGGACCCGGAAGUAAAAUUAUAUCGCUUCCGGAUCCGGUGAAAAAACACUUGAAAAAAAUUGAAAAUACAAAGAAAAUCCAUCUAAAAUUUGGAACUGGGAACUGGAAGUCGUUACCAAUAGAGGUAUACAGUAACGAGGAACUCUUUGAGCUUUCUGUGAGAUUUAGUGCUGAAAACAAUCGUCUGAAACGUCUACCAAAAGCCAUCGCCGCCCUAGAAAACCUGGAAUAUAUCAAUGUGCAAAACAACUCACUCUCGGCGUUCCCAGGAUCUGUGUCACGUAUGAAAAAACUUAUAACUUUAGAUAUUGAAAAUAAUAGCAUUAAAAAACUACCUCCAGCGAUCCAUAAAGCCACAGGACUGACCACACUACUAGCCCGCAACAAUAGGAUACGCGGGUUGCCAAAAAAUAUCGGCAAGUCGCCAUCAUUGGCAUAUGUGGACGUUUCCGGAAACUUGAUUAAAUCUUUCAAAAAAGGUGUUUACGAAAUGACAGGGGAGCUGAAUCUAUCUGACAAUCGCCUUACAGAAAUGCCUACGGCUGCCGUGAAGAAACCAAACAUUCAACGUCUUAAUUUGGCGCGAAAUGGGAUCACAUACAUGCCUGACAACAUCGAUAAACUACAGCGUCUUGUGUGGCUAGAUCUAUCCAACAAUUCCCUGUCAGAACUUCCCGCCCAAAUCGGAAGUGUUAAGUAUUUGCAUUAUUUAAACCUCAGUCACAACUGUCUGAAAGCUCUCCCGGAACAGAUAUGUAACCUUGGUUACGCGUUAGAUACGCUGAAUAUUACCCAUAACGAGAUCCCAGUUUUACCUGAUGAUAUCAGCCUCUUACAGAAACUGCGGGUCCUUGACGUGUCCCACAACCAGGUAGAGUACGUACCCGAGGGGAUCCGAGAGGUCCAUUCCCUACACACUAUCAAUAUAUCACACAACAGGCUCAACUCGAUGAAGUUUGCGGUAUACCUGAAGACUCUAGAACACCUGUACCUGUCCAACAACCAGAUUGAGGUUGUACCGGAGACCAUAGACAGUAUGAAGUGCCUCGUCACCUUAGACGUGUCCCACAAUAAGAUAAAGGAACUCCCGCCAAGUGUGGGCUACAUCAAGACCAUCAAAUCUCUCAACGUCGGCAGCAAUAAACUGUCGGUGCUUCCGGACACUAUCGGUCAGGAGCAAGUCCUAACGUUACUGGACAUCAGCAAUAACCGUAUUGCCGCCCUACCCACCGAUCUGCGCAAACUCAGGAAUCUUGAAACGUUCGUUUUUAGUAAUAACGAAAUUGCCGCCAUGCCAAAGUCAGUCGACUUCCUGUACCAGCUACGAACAUUGGACGCGGCUAGUAACGGACUCACUGAGCUCAACCUCCCAAAAACACUGACUAAUCUCAACCUUUCGGACAAUCCGAUGAUGGUAAAUCCGACUGACCACAAGUCUACCAUGGUUGUCAUGGGAGAUAAAGACCAUCUGAGGAACCUGACAUCACUAGCGUUGUGUAAAUUAGCACUGGACGAAAUUCCUCCCAGUGUCUUCAAUCUUCGGUGCUUGAAAAAUCUAAACCUCUCUAACAACUCGCUCAAGGGCCUGAGUGAUAAUAUUUGCAAACUCAAAUCCUUAGAAUGCUUGGAAGUAACGCACAACGAACUGGCCUCACUCCCUGCUAACAUCGGGGGCCUGAAGAAACUGCAAAGGUUGCAGGUCAAUAAUAAUGGGAUCGAAAAGUUUCCUCCCAGUCUGGUCAAACUCAUUUCUCUCUGUCAGCUGGACAUGUCGUACAACAAGAUGUCACUCCUCCCAGAUAACUUCGGUGACCUCAACAAGCUCACUCAAAUGAACGUGUCCAACAAUGAAUUAUUGACCUUCCCUGUUGACCGUAUUGACGUCCUAGCGUCUCUUCUCGAACUCAACAUCUCUAAAAAUCACAUCAACAAUAUGCCGAUGGACUUUCCCUAUCUUUAUCGACUAAAGGUUCUUCACGCCAGCAGUAAUGACAUCAAAGGUAUUCCGAACGAUAUCGAUAAAAUGAAAUCUCUCGAGUAUCUGGAUUUAUCGGACAAUGUUAUCGAAAGCCUGCCCGAGAGGAUUUGUAAGCUAGUGGCCCUGAAAGAACUGGACGUGGCCGAUAACAAGAUAAUGGCUGUCUGGCCUAAAGCUUGGGCAAACCUCACCUCGAAAAUUGUGGUGAGAGCGUCCGAGCAAUCCUCGUAUAAGUCUCGCGAGGCACGAGAACGACCGACAGAUAAAGUGGCCGAGACCCAGAUGAGUCCAAAAACUGGGAGGAAGGGAAUGAAGGGCAAAAAGGCAGUGGCUCCCAUCGGCACUCCGCCUUCAAAACCCAGGUCGAUGAAAUCUGCUCCGCCUAAAUCGUCGUGACGCGUUGAGUGAAGUAGUAGUGACGUUAUGCAGGAGUUUCACUCAUUAGAGACUUAUAUAACUAUAUUUGUAGAAUUAGUCGGUAGUACGCCUAUCCGCAUGCACACGCCCCACUAUGCUAUCUUUUUCCUCAUGACUAGAAUUGACCAUCCGUCAUAUUUUUGCAACUAAGUGCUGACACUGACACUGUAAACUACUGAAACGAACUUUGUAGUUAUCAACGGUAUUCUCGAUUUUUAGCUCACCUGCCCGAAGGGCAAGUGAUAUAUUGUCAUGGUGUGGCGUCUGUCGUCCGUCCGUCCGUCCAUCCGUUAAUUUUUCCUUUAAAUGACUUCUUCUGAAGAAUGGACAGUCUAGAGUCAUAACAUUUGGCCGAAAGCUUCAUUUGUAAGAGCCUGACAAAGUUUGAGAACCAGCUGGUAGCUGCUUGGGAUAGAGCCAACAAAGUUUUAGAAGGAAAAAGACCUCGAGCUACGUACAAGGUUACAGGGACAAAUAUGUCAAACACUUCAAACAACCUCUUCGGAAGAACCGAAAAGCAUAGAAUCAUAUAAUAAUAUUUGGCUGGUAGCUUCAACGGAUUGAGCCGAUUGAAAUAUUUGUAAUACAGUAUAAUAUUUAAUGAGAAUAAUUUGCUUUGACUGCUUGAAUAUCCAAGUGAGCGAUACAGGCCCUCUGGGCAUCUUGUAUUUUAUAUAGCCAAAGAGGAGAAGAUAUGACGUCGAGCAGAUUCGGGCAUUGCUAUCAAAAUUAAGCGAUAAACCCACCAAUGGUACCAGAAUCGUUAUAGAAAUAGCACAGACAGUGACAGUAGUUCCUCUUACUUGGACAAAGAUGAUUGCAUUCCCCAUCGUCUGUCAAUCAAUCUAUCCUCUUAUCCCAUACCGCUCUCCACCCCUCAUCCAUCCACUAUCGUUCUACAACCCCCUCCCUCUCCCACUCCCUUGCGCGUUCGCCCUUACCCAAAUGACAUUCUGCGCAGGAUAUCAAGUUGGACCUCUAAGUGGAGAAGUGUUACUGCAAUACCGGAAGUCGUGAACAGAAAGGUCCGCCGUUCUUUGAUCUCCCUUCCCAAAUAUUGGACAGCAAUGUUGGUGUCAUUUGGGACUCAAUGGCAACAGCCAGUCUCUACCUCAGAACGUUCUCCGUGGUUUCUCUGCAAUAACUUCGAUUGGAGUAACCGGCUGAUAUUCGUUACUUAACGCCAGUUCACAAACAUUGUUCUCAAUGGUUCUUAUAGUAACCAAACCAAUGGUUGUUAUCGUUACCAUGUCAAUGUCAAGUCGGUAUAUUAUAUAUAUAUAAAGGAAGGAUGUAGAAGGGUAGUUUACCAUAUCAAUGGAUGUAAUAGUAACCUUGUCAAUGAUUGGUCAAUGUUAAUUUUGUAUUACUUUGAUAAAGUUAUAAAAAUAUAAAAAAUAUAAUCAUGUGUAAAGUAAUUGAUCUUACGCUUAUUGCAACUGGGCAAUUAGAUAUUGUCAAUUGUUGUAUGUAAUUACAGUGUAUAUUAAACAGGUGUUAGGGUGGACAUUUGCUAUUUACUAUUAUAUUAACCUCGCCUUUUUAAUGCUUUAAGUCUUUACGAAAUUAGUGGUGCUAUCUACAUUAAGCAUUGGAUUUGUUUAGUUUAGGAAAUAGUCAUUGUUCUGUUAAUGAGGUACCUCGUUGUUCCGGACGCUUUGAUUUCCAAGAUUAAAGCUGGAAAAAUAUUCGAAAUAAUGCAACAUCAAUUUUAACAAUUUUGAAUGGCGUCCGUUUGGCGACUUACUGUCGUCAUAUUUUGUCUGGAUUAACGAGGUAUUGCUACAUGUUAUACUAUAAAAGAUUGGUUUGACAGUUGUGUAGAUUUAAUGUGUAAAACCUUGUUAAACUGUCGGUUUGCAAUGUUUUUGAUAUUCGUUGAUUUCAAUUAAAGGGAAACAACUUACAUAUGUCUGGAGGAUUGACAUAGGCCUGUUAAAGAUUCACGUACGUUUUCCGAAGACAACAAAUUUUUAAGAAAAAAAUUCAUAGCUUAAUAUUUUACAUUAUUCCAUAAAUGCUUUCAUAAGAAAAAUAGACAUUUAAGGAAUUUCCUUGUGUUAUGAAAUGUUAGGGAAACUUGGGCCUUGAAUAUUACAGAAUUUAAGGCAAUUAGUCUCUUGCUUGUCAAGGUUAUUGAAAAUUAAAAAGAAAAUAAACUCUUCUAUACCACCUGUUCUCACCAGAAAGUAUCGUGAACCAUGUAUGGGUCGCACUGACGUUUUGCAGGAUGUUUCAAGCAAGUGCUACUACAAUGUGUAUGUAUUUUGAAAUAUUUUAUUUACAUCCUUUUUUUAUUCUUCUACGUUAGUUCUAGCUUACCUGACUGAAUUUCAGGUAAGGAGUCGGUUACAUUUUCUCAGAAUACCUGUAAUAUAAGUAUUGAUGUAUAUAGUGUAUCAUUACUAUCAUUUAACUUCGUCACGCGAUCCAAUGUAUGCGUCGCCCCUGAACUUUCUGGUACCAUACUUUCUGUUAGAUCAUGGUGCUAAUUAUAUAUAGACGGGGAAACCUUGCCCACAAACUACAAAUAGUCUUACGGAUCUCUAUCCUUGUGUGUCUGUUAUAAACCUAAUAAUGAAGUAUCAAUAUGUCCUUAAAUGUCUAUAAGUACCAUUUUAAACGUUUCCGUGAUUGCUUGAAUGCAGAUGCUUUUGACACCUGUAUUUAAUUGUUAUAAGUUAUAUUCACUGAUGAAAAUAACAUCUUACCUGCUGAUUUUAUAUGAAAAAACACCUCUCAGAGAUACCAUUUGCCAAACACUUUUAAAAACGGGGUUUUAACGUUUCCUUACGCACUGCUGUUGGUAUGAAUUUUUAUUUUUUAUUUUUCAUAAUUAAUUUCACUGCGGUUAAUCAUAUUCACUACAGGAAAAAUGUUUAACUAAAAAGUUAUGCAUUGAUAACUUUCUUUUAUAUGGUAGAUAGUUUAUCAGUUGAUAUCAAUUAUUAUUACUAUAAAAUUGUUAACCAAAAUAUGUAUAGUACACGUUUAGCUGUAUUAGUCCUUAGACAGCUUCGCCUUGAUAUACUGUAAUCGUACGCCUUUAACAUGUUAUUCCAUAGACCACUUGGAUUGACUUUAUUGUAUGUCCCUAAAGUCCACCCAUAUUAGUCAGUGUCUUAGGGUUCCCUUAGUGUAGUCUGCAUUUUAUUGAUUCAAGUUUAGAAUGAUAUAUACAUGUAUACAAAAACAAAACGCUGUGAUACAAUUUAAUAAGUAGAUAUACUUGUUUUUGUUAAUAAAGUUUUAGA